CCUUUAGAGUCGUCCUUUCAUCAAAUGAGGAAGCUCCUGCACUUUACCGCUCCUGCAGCUCUGCUCUGCAGUUUCAGACGCGCUUCAGACGCGCUUCAGCUCGCCCUGCUGCCUGUUUGUUCAGAAAUGUUCUUUACUUUUGAAUAGGGACAAAAUCUGUUUGUCUGGAUGCAACUAUGAGAUGGAGACUAAGAUUACAUCGCUCUGCCUGUUUCUGGGCUUGGUCUAUGUUUCAUCAACGGCAGUAAAAAAAGGAGUUGGAGAGACUGUGACCUUGUACCCUAUCAAAUCUGUGGAACCACUUAACAGCUUCCUGUGGUCCUUUGGUAAACACAAUGUUGUUGAGGUCAUCUCCAUUGUCAUCAACAAAGAAGUUACUCCAGUCAAUGGGACCAGAUUUGGAAGAAGGAUGAACACUGAUGUAAAUUAUGGAUCGAUCACCAUCUCCAAUCUCACUGUUCAUGACAGCGGAAUAUUUCUCAUUCAGAUCUUAACAAAUUCAAAACCCCUGAUAGAAGAAAUCCAUCUGAUUGUUGAAGAUUUUUUUACACCGAAAACUGUUCUGGAGGGGAGAAAUGUCACUCUGGCGACACCAAUGGAAAAACUGGAAAUGAAGCAUACAGUAAAUUGGACAAAAGAGGAAGAUGCUAAAAAGAUUCAAAUUGCUCUGUGGAAAAAUGGUCUCAUCACGACUGAGGAAUCCUUCAAGCAUGUCCUCCAGGUGGAUCAACAGACUGGAUCCCUCACCUUCAUCAGAAUCACAAGAGACCUCCGUGGGAUUUACAGGGUCAAAAUAAAACAGGGAGAAGAAGUACACUCUGAAAUUGUCUUCAAAAUUACUGUAUAUGAACCUGUUUGUUUUCCAAACAUCAUGAAAAAGGAGUUCAACAUUACAAAUCCACCAGAAGAAAAGAUUUGCUAUGUCACUUGUUCUGUGAGGAAUGGGCCGGAUGUGAACCUGACCUGGUUCAAUGGUUUAAAUCAAAUCAUCAGCAUUAAUAACACAGUGGACCUCUCUAUGAACCUCAGCCUCCCUUUAGGGAUCCAACCAGAGAAAAAAGGCAAUUACACCUGUCAGGCACAGAACCCCGUUACAUCGGAGAGAAAAAUGCUCAGCUUAGCUCAGCUGUGUCCUUCUCAUGAUUCAGAUGCAACUAAGGUUUGGUGGCCUGUGAUUACCUUGAUCCCAGUCCUUGUGAUAUUCUUGUGAUGCUGCGUUUUUUGCCUCUGGAUGAGGAGGAGAAGCAGGGAGAGGAUGGAAACCCCACAGGAGGGAAUUGGGUUCAGACGUAUUGAAGGUUUUACAAGAAACAGCUAUGGUUGAUGUAAACUGAGUUCUUCACAUCAGUUACCAGAGCACUGAACCUUUAAGAUCUAGACUACUUGUAAAUAUUUUGUGCUGAUAUUUUGAUGUAAUUGCCAUAAAUCUGUGGAGUAUCUAAAACUGUUUUAGUACAGAGAAAUAUUUCUAAAUAUUUUUAGAAAUUAAAAAUUAAAAAUUUAAUAGACAUUGGCAGCAGCCAAUGUCCAUUAAAUUAAAGCUGGCCCCUCCCACCCUGGGAGAAAAGUGUGCCAGAUUCUCUCCCCUGACAAAGUCUGUAGUCCAUCAGGACCAAAGCUUAGAGCCACAGAGCCAUCUUCCUCCCACCUGCAGCUGACCCCAUUAACAAGGCUCAUUUCCCCUAGUAACUCUUUUCCAUGGAAAACAAUAUCAAUUUCUCAGCACAUGUAAUUACUGUUAAAACUCAAUUCUAUACUGUUGUUGUAUAUUUUCCUCAUCAUAUUUCAAACCCUCUCUGUUUUCCUUUUGAUUUGAAAACCCGUUAAUAUGUUUGUUAGUUUAAGUGUUUCUUUCCCAGAAAGAGCCAACUUUGAGCUAGUUUACCAUUACGUUUUCUAACAUGGGAAGUAUUUAUAGAGCAAUGCUACUGUGUUCCGCUUUUAUGUUUGCUUCUGUCUACUUGAAUCCCAGUUGGCCUCGGCAGAUGGCCGCUCACCUCGCUCUGGUUCUGCUGAAGGUAUCUUCCUGUUAAAAGGGAUUUUUUUUCUCUCCACUGUCAAUGUAUGCAUGCUUAGAAUGAAGGAUAGAUGUAGGUUCAAUGACAAAAUGCAAAGAACAUCUUUUGUGACCACCUGCUCAUCCAGAAGGAGCAAAUCCUGCAAAGCCAUUGAGUCGAUAAAAAUGUUUGACCAAUCUGAUUGGAUUAUCUGAUUGAAUUGUCUCUGUUACGAGCCUUGAGAUGGCAUAUUGUAAAAUUGGUGCUAAGAAAAAAAAAAAAAAAAAGGAUUGAGAACUAAAUGAUUUUUAAUAUCUGCCACAUUAUUCUUCCUCUGGUGAUUUUAUUUUCUUAAGUUUCAUUACAUUCCAAAUCAACUUGUAAUUUUUAUUUCACAUAAAAAAUAUAUUUGUACUUAUUAAGUCGUAUCAUCUGUAUGUUUGUCUUUGUGUAGCACCUUUUCACUAAAUCAAAUUUCUGAUUCAUAUAAAACACUAGCCAACAAUAAAGCUUUCUCUAAUUAUGAUCAUGCUUCCUGGGGCUAGUUUAAAGUUGAAUGAUUAAUCCUCUUAGGGAAGGAAGAACUCUUAAAUGUUAAGUAAGUAAAAAAAAAUGUAUAUGUUUUGUUAAUUAAAUGGCAGCAAUAUGGAAGUAAAUCUGUGUCGCUGGGAUGUGAGUUAAAAAUGCCACUGAAAUUUAAAUGUUGUAUGUUUGUACUUAC